AUGUCGUACGACCGCUACGUUGCCAUCUGCAAACCCCUGCACUACGGGACCCUCCUGGGCAGCAGAGCUUGUGUCCACAUGGCAGCAGCUGCCUGGGCCACUGGGUUUCUCAAUGCUCUGCUGCACACGGCCAAUACAUUUUCACUGCCCCUGUGCAAGGGCAAUGCCCUGGGCCAGUUCUUCUGUGAAAUCCCCCAGAUCCUCAAGCUCUCCUGCUCACACUCCUACCUCAGGGAACUUGGCCUUAUUGUGGUCAGUGCCUGUUUAAUUUUCAUGUGUUUUGUUUUCAUCAUCCUGUCCUAUGUGCAGAUCUUGAGGGCCGUGCUGAGGAUCCCCUCUGAGCAGGGACGGCACAAAGCCUUUUCCACCUGCCUCCCUCACCUGGCCGUGGUCUCCCUGUUUGUCAGCACUGCCGUGUUUGCCUACCUGAAGCCCCCCUCCAUCUCUUCCCCAUCCCUGGAUCUGGUGGUGUCUGUUCUGUACUCGGUGGUGCCUCCAGCAGUGAACCCCCUCAUCUACAGCAUGAGGAACCAGGAGCUCAAGGAUGCCUUGUGGAAACUCAUAUCUUACAAUUUCCUGAAGUAUUAA